CGCGAGGCGUCCGGCUCGGCGCCCGCCGCGCGGGGAGGCAGCGCGCGGAGCAGGUUACAUGAUGGAAUUUGAACAUUACUUCAAGAGGUUUUAUAUUUUGGAUUAGUUAAUUGGGUUUGUCAUCUGCUGACUAUUUCUUCGGACUCAUUUUUUGGUGUCCUUUUGAAGCAUUAAAUUCAAAGAGAUUAUACCAUGGACUACAAGGAAAGCUGCCCAAGUGUAAGCAUUCCCAGCUCUGAUGAACACAGAGAGAAAAAGAAGAGGUUCACUGUUUAUAAAGUUCUGGUCUCAGUGGGCAGGAGUGAAUGGUUUGUCUUCAGGAGAUAUGCAGAGUUUGAUAAACUUUAUAAUACUUUAAAGAAGCAGUUUCCUGCUAUGGCCUUGAAGAUUCCUGCCAAGAGAAUAUUUGGUGAUAAUUUUGAUCCAGAUUUUAUUAAACAAAGAAGAGCAGGACUGAAUGAAUUUAUUCAGAACCUAGUUAGACAUCCAGAGCUCUAUAACCAUCCAGAUGUCAGAGCAUUCCUUCAAAUGGACAGUCCAAAACAUCAGUCAGAUCCAUCUGAAGAUGAGGAUGAAAGAAGUAUUCAGAAGCUACACUCUACCUCACAGAACAUCAACCUGGGACCAUCUGGAAAUCCUCAUGCUAAACCAACUGACUUUGAUUUCUUAAAAGUUAUUGGAAAAGGCAGCUUUGGCAAGGUUCUUCUUGCAAAACGGAAACUGGAUGGAAAAUUUUAUGCUGUCAAAGUGUUACAGAAAAAAAUAGUUCUCAACAGAAAAGAGCAAAAACAUAUUAUGGCUGAACGUAAUGUGCUUUUGAAAAAUGUGAAACAUCCAUUUUUGGUUGGAUUACAUUAUUCUUUCCAAACAACUGAAAAGCUUUAUUUUGUUCUGGAUUUUGUUAAUGGAGGGGAGGUGAGUUUUCUCAUUAGUUUUCUAAUAUUAAUAGUUGUUUUAAAAUUUGUCAAUUUAUGUACUUCCAUUGUUUUAUCUUAUUGCUCCUGUAUUUGUCAGGGACAUGUUGUCUUAACAGAUUUUGGGCUUUGUAAAGAAGGAAUUGCUAUUUCUGAUACUACAACAACAUUUUGUGGGACACCAGAGUACCUUGCACCUGAAGUAAUCAGAAAACAGCCUUAUGAUAAUACUGUAGAUUGGUGGUGUCUUGGUGCUGUUCUGUAUGAAAUGCUGUAUGGAUUGCCUCCUUUUUAUUGCCGAGAUGUUGCUGAAAUGUAUGACAAUAUCCUUCACAAACCCCUAAAUUUGAGGCCAGGAGUGAGCCUCACAGCCUGGUCCAUUCUGGAGGAACUUCUAGAAAAAGACAGGCAAAAUCGACUCGGUGCCAAAGAAGACUUUCUUGAAAUUCAGAAUCAUCCUUUUUUUGAAUCACUCAGCUGGACUGACCUUGUACAAAAGAAGAUUCCACCACCAUUUAAUCCUAAUGUGGCUGGACCAGAUGAUAUCAGGAACUUUGACACAGCAUUCACAGAAGAAACAGUUCCGUAUUCUGUGUGCGUGUCGUCUGACUAUUCGGUAGUGAAUGCCAGUGUUUUGGAGGCUGAUGACGCAUUCCUUGGUUUCUCUUACGCACCUCCUUCAGAAGACUUAUUUUUGUGAAUGGUUUGCAAAUACAAGCGUACGGAUGGGACUGAAACUCAUUUCUGUGAAUAUAUUCAAAUAUGUAUAACUAGUGCCUCAUUUUUACAUGUAAUAUUGAAAACUAUGGAAAAUGUAUUUUCUGCUAUAUGCAAGAAAAUAGGGCAUUUCAAAGAGCUAUGUUUUGAUUAAAAUUUGUAUUCUUGUUUAUUAAGCUUAUUUUUGAACAAAAAUUUUAAAAGCUAUUAUUCUUAACAUUAACCUGUUUUUAAAGAAAACGGUUUUGCUAUUGACUGUUUUUUCCCUCUGAGUUUACACUAACAUAAUACCCGUGAUAGAC